UAUGAGAUUUCAGUCAUCCUCUUUCUUUUCCAUUUAAGUUGAAAAUGGAAAAUAAAGAGUAUGAUGAUACAACAACAAUGGAGAAUCAGCAACUCGACAGACCAAAAAACAAAGCUGGUGGUAUCAAAACCAUGCCAUUCAUCAUAGCAAAUGAGGCAUUAUCUACUGUGGCAAGCAUUGGGUUAUUGCCAAACAUGGUUUUAUAUUUGAUCGGAAGUUACAAUUUAUCAACAGCUAAAGCAACAAAUAUACUCUUUUAUCAGUCGGCAGCCAACAAUUUCUUUCCUUUGAUCGGUGCUUUUCUGUCGGAUUCUUAUUUAGGACGGUUUUUAAGUAUUGGGUUUGGUUCCAUCUUCACUUUCCUGAUUUACUAA